GGAGGAGGAGGAGGAGGAGAAGGGAGGGCGAGCGGCGCAGGCGGCGAGACGCUUUCUGGCGCCCUCUGGGCUUCCUUCUGGCGCCCUCUGGACAUGGCUGUACAGUCCCGCUCGUGACCCAGGCGGGGCCUGCGUCAAAGGAGGGGCGGCGGACGGCGGACGGCGGCGCCGCGCGGCCGGGGAGGAGGGGGGCGCGCGGCGCGGGAGGGCGUGGCGUGGCCGACACGCCCAGAGGACCCGUGGCCUGGCGAGCGCCCCGCUCUCGGCGAGAGGGCGUCGGCGGGGGGGGGGGGAGGCGCUCACGGCCCGGCCGCCCUGCGCCGCAGGGGCCUGAUUGCAGGCAGCGAAAUGGCGCCCGCCGCAGCCCGGGCGAGUGCGGCAGGGGUGCUGGCUGCGCGAGCGCCGCUGUUCGGCUUGCGCCAUGGGGGCCUCCUCGCGGCGCCCACGCC